UCUAUAUUUAGCUCACAUUCCAGGAACUGGUCACUGGUGUUUGGCCAGUGUUUGCAAGUUAGGCUACUGCCAGGCCACAUACGAAGCGAUUAAUUCAGUCCGCCAACUUGUCAAGAUAAUGACUCGAAUGUUUGGUCAUCUUUUUCUGUAUGUUUGUUGAAGAAAAACAGAUAACAUGAGUACCAUUGAAGUUAAGCUUCUCCGUGGGGAUAUUACGGGCGUCAAGGCUGAUGUCUGUGUCAGCACUGUUUUUGGGACAAAGAACAUGACGAGAGGACCUCUGUCUGCCCACAUUCUGAAGUCCUGUGGUCAACACAUUCAAGAUGCUCUUUGGAAGGUAAAUGAUGGCCAAGACCUGGAGCAUGGCCAGGUGGUGAUGGUAGAUGAACAGGCGAAACACUUCAAGAUGUUUUUGUUCACCUGUUUGUACUCAUGGCGAGAAGGAAAUGAUGAGGCGUUUCUUCAGAUCUGCCUCAACGAGGACACCAUGGAAAGGGAGGAAGAUGUGCUUGUUUCAGUUGGUGACGAAGGUGUAUAUGCAGAUUCGUCAUCACAGGAUAAUAUACCCCCUGGACGUUCACCUCCUGGAAAUGCACCUUCAGGGCAAAGCUCUCCACAGGGAAAGACCCCUGGGACAAAGAUGUCAUCGUUUGUCAACACAGUGAUGGCAAAUGGCCUGCUAAUGCUUAACCUCUUUGGAGGCAGGUCCAAUCAGCUUCAGUAUUCGAAAAGUAAGGGAAACUUACAUUUUAAGAUAAGGCCGGCAGUAAACAAGAAGAGGAUUGGAGUGGGUGCUGAAAUAUACAUUGAUGUGUCAUUCUUUACUGAUUUCAUCCCGAAGGCUUUGGAAAGAUUUUUAGAAUUGUUUCGUAAAAAAGUAUGAGUUGUGAUAUAUUGCACACAGUGUUUUUAAGCUGGCUAGAUUUAAUCAGUAAUGACUGACAUUCUCAAUAUAGUUGGACCCCCUUAUAAUUGUCUGUUUUAACAGGGUUUCGGCUCUAUAGCAGGCUUAUAAUAAAUCACAGAGUCCAUUCUCUCAUAAUAUAGAGUAAAAGAUUUUUUUUUGUAACAGGGAUUCGGACAGACAUGCUUGGAUACCAGAUAUAACAGUUGUCCAAGCUUUGACAAAAUCCUAAAAUAAAUUAUGGAUGGACAAGAAAGCAGAAAAAAUGCAAAUGAAGCAAAACAACUUAUUUAACAACAGCCGCCAUUGAUGGAGCAUUAUACUUGCGUGACCCGAAGUUGAUUGUGUACACAUUAAUUUAUGAAGUGUCAUACUCAUACCAUGCGUGCAGGGGAAGGGAUGGGGGGUAUGGAUGCGCCUACGUGUUGGUGCAAGUCCAGUCCGUGUAAAUUGGUAGGGGUUGCAAUCUUCUUUUCAUCAAAGAUGAGGAAGAAGAGGUUGUUAACUCCUACAAAUGUCUUGGAGCAGCCAUCGACAGAAGACUAGACUGGCAUCCCCACCCUGCUCUUGUGCAUAAAAAAUUAAAUGUGAGGCAUCGUAAUGAAAUCAGGCACUCGUCAAAAUAAUGAAA